AUGUUGAAAAGCUCCCUUGCUGCUGAAUGGGCCCGAUAUGGCAUUCGCGUCAAUAGCGUGAGCCCUGGGUAUGUGGAUACAAUCCUUAAUGAGGGUGACGGAAUUGCUCCGCAUCGAGAAAUUUGGCGCCAGCGCAAUCCUAUGGGUCGAAUGGGUAGCCCAUCGGAGGUCGCCGGAGCAGUCGUCUUUCUUAGCAGUGCGAGCUCUUCAUAUAUCAAUGGGGCAGACAUUGUCGUUGAUGAAGGGGCCAUUGCACUCUAA